CAGUUGCACAAGUUGUUGUGAAAAACAAAGUGUUCUUGUCUGAAUAAACAAAUCUUGAAGAAUAUAAGUGAAGAUAAACAAAAUGGCAAGUUUACCACUAUUGUUGAGUCUCAUCGAUGAAUUGGGCAGUGAACCCAAUCCAUCUUACUACGGCAAUGAUUUCGGUUUGGGUGUUUCACCCUACCUUAUUCAUCGCCACUCCCAACGUGAGCCAACACAACCCAGUCUAGCGGGCUAUACACUGCCAUUAGCUCUGCUCAGUCGUAUCAACGACCAUCAGCUCAAUCGCCGUGGUGGAGAAAAUAAGGAAUCACGUAUUUCUACAGUUGGCACAGAUGGUUUCCAAGUGUGUAUGGAUGUGGCCCAGUUUAAGCCAAGCGAACUAAAUGUAAAGGUAGUCGAAAACUGUAUAGUCAUUGAGGGUAAACACGAUGAACGUGAAGAUCAGCAUGGCUUCAUUCAACGUCAUUUUGUACGCCGCUAUGUUUUGCCUAAAGGCUAUGAUGCUGACAAGGUGGUUUCGACUCUGUCUUCUGAUGGUGUCUUGACUGUCAGUGUACCCAAACCAGUGGAGGAGGAAAAAUCCAACGAACGUAUUAUACAGAUCCAGCAAACUGGACCGGCGCAUUUGAAUGUGAAGCAAAACACUCAAGAGAAGGUUACUGCAGAUGCCGCCAAUGGAGCUAGUGGUGAUCAAGAAGAAACAAAAUAAAUGGUUUCAAGAUCCAUAUUGGAUUUAUUUUAAGAAAAUAACCAUUUCAUUAUAUUCUUUAUUUAUAUGUUAACAUUCAUGAAUUCCAGACUAUUCCAUACCUUUUAGUUUUAAGAAUUAGUUUAUCUUUUAUUCUUAAAUCAUUUGUUGAUACCUAUGCCAUUUUAAAAAUUCGUACUUAUAAAUACUACGAUGACAAAUAAAAUAAAACAUUUAUCCCCAAUGUAAGAAAAA